AUGGAGCAGCCUGGAAUCAAACAAGAAGGUGAAGCCCCUGCUUGGACUUCAUAUUGGUUUGUUCAAGACGAAAAUGACGAAAAUUUGGCGGCAUGUGACUGGUGCCUUGGGAAAGUUGCUAAAGCUGACAUGGAGGCGCACCUCAUAAACCACGAGUUGGACAAAACGACUAUCAACUACGUCAGAAAUCCUCCAAUUGAUGGCUAUGGCCGUCGAUUCACAAUUUUUGGUGAACUAAUUGAAGAAGCCGAUGAUGUCGGACCCCGGUCGACGGUUGACCCUCGAGCUCAACAAAACUGGGUUUAUUAUUGGUUCUCUCAAGUCAAUCCAAACAACACAAACUCGAGCUGCGAUUUGUGUCACAAAGUCGUUGAUGAAGUUGACAUGGAAGCUCAUCUUCAGCGUCACAGAGUGACCAUCAAUGCAAAAAAUUACACGAAGAAACCUCCUGUUGACGGUCACGGCCGUCGUUACACCGAUUAUGGUUUACCAAUCGAAUAA